AUGUUUGUUGAACCCCCACCACUCGCAGUCAUACUCGCUGUUCCACAGGGCAUGAGUUCGGCUAUAAAUACGUGGACAGAUCACAGCAUUUACGUCGAAAGACAGCAACCAGAGACAAGUGAACGAAAAACAAGCAAUCCAUCCAACUCUUUUACCUCUAAUAUCCCAGGAAACAUCAGUUCUCAGCACAAAAGUGAAAUUUCCGGUGCGGGCAAAAACUUUGAUUGCUACUUCAAACUCCUCGAAGAACCUGAGAGCCGUGUUGAGUUUCGCGGUAACUUCGACCAAAGCGUUGAAAACUGGCAGUCGGACGACGCUUGGCUCAAAUAUCGCAAUGUCCGUGACCUUGUUGGCGCCUACGACAUUGACACUGAAGACGAAGAAUCGCCAUCAUACAUCGGCGCUGAUGAUUUAAGACUUUCGUUUGAAAACCAGGAAGGCGAGCAAUUUGAGAUCAUUGGUACUCUCAAGAAUUCCAUCUCUGAGAGAACUACCGUCACUGGUCAGGGAGUCUGGAUCACACAAGUUUGA